AUGGCGCUGGCCUCUAUGAGGAAGGCCUUCAACGAGUGGGUUUCCAACGCUGGCAAUCGAGGAGGCGUACCAGACGGUGCCGCGAGGGGUGAUUUCAGGGGCAGAAGACUUUCCGAGCCCAAGCGGCGGGCACUGAGAGGUGGGAGCGAUAUGUUGGAGGGGCUGGAUGCAGAGGAAGAUGAUGGGGAAGGCGAUGAUGACGAGGGAGAUGAAGAGCUGGAGCCGGACUUAGACGAUGAUGAUGAUGAUAUUGAUGAUAAUGAGGAUGAUGCGGGAUAUGCAGAUGAGGAAUAUGACCCUAUCGCACCCAGAGGCCCAAUAGAAAACAACAAUUAUGGGGAGGUCUGGCUGCCCAUCCAAGCUCGCCCUCGCCGCAACCGGAAGGACCACGCCACGCGCCGGCUUGUGCAAGAGAGCCUCGUGAAGCCUUCUAGCCUGAUCUACCCGCUUUUCGUGCAUGACGAGGAUAUCAGCGAACCGAUCCUUUCUCUCCCAGGGCACCGCCGGCUGAGUCCUGCAGAUGUGCUAAAGGAAGUAGAUGAGGCCCGCCGCUACGGUGUGAACGCCUUUAUGCUGUUCCCUAAGGUGGAAGAUGACCUGAAGAGCCCCCUUGGGGAGGAGAGCAGCAAUCCUGAUGGACUCAUGCCUCGCAUCAUCAUGGCAAUCAAGGACGCCUUCCCAGAUGCUUUGGUGCUAGCUGACGUUGCUCUCGACCCAUACAGCACAUCAGGCCAUGAUGGCGUCGUUGAUGAAGACACGGGGACUGUGAUUAAUGACAUGACGGUCUACCAGAUAUGCAAACAAUUGCUUUCGGGGUUCCUGAAUGAGCCUUUCUGUGUUUCUGGGGGAGACGUUGUGCCGCAGUCCGUCAACUUGGCGCGGGCGGGAGCGGACAUGGUUUGCCCUAGCGAGAUGAUGGAUGGACGGGUGACUGCAAUUCGUGAGGCGUUGGACAUGGAGGGCUGCGUGGACACGUCGAUCUUGUCCUACGCAUGCAAAUACGCCUCUUCUCUAUACGGGCCGUUCCGGGAUGCUGUGGGCUCGAAUAUGAAAGGAAGCGGGGAUAAGAAAACCUACCAAAUGGACAUCUCCAAUGCCCUGGAGGCCGAGCGCGAGGCUGAGUUGGAUGUGCAGGAGGGAGCCGACAUGCUCAUGGUGAAGCCCGGGACGCCGUACCUUGACGUCCUGCGUCGUGUCCGCCAGAAGACCAACGUGCCCCUUGCUGCAUACCAAGUGUCUGGGGAGUACGCGAUGAUCAAGGCGGCAGCGGAGAAGGGGUGGAUUGACGAGAAGGCCACAGUUCUAGAAACCCUUAAGGGCUUUCGCAGGGCUGGUGCUGAUGCGAUCGCGACGUACUACGCUAAAGAUGUGGCCAAAUGGAUGGCGGAGGACUGCAAAGGCAGCAGGAGCUUUACAGAGCCGGGGGAGCAAUACCAGCUGCAGGAGGAGCUGGUAGCCGCUCUUGCGCCUUGGCAUUUCGGGCUCCCUUUUGUGGAGAGGAAGAUUAGCCUUUCAUCAACCCCUACGGCCCCUGGGGGCACUCCCGCCUUUCCGCUGCCUCCGCCUGGCGGGGGUGGCAACAAUUUUGGAGAGGGUGGGGGACAGCAAUUGUCGAGGCCUGGUUACAGAAGCACUAGCCAGUUGCUCGCUUCCUAUGCCCCUGGGGGGAAGGAGCAUGCGGCUCAGUUGUCCCUUGCGGAGGUCGGAGAUUCCGCCACGUCGCGGCUGCCGACUGCGCUUCUACCACGACAUCCUUACCUGCAGCGGCGACUGUUGGCUUCUGGCUUAGAAGUGUUCGUCUUGCCGCAUGCGCACCCAGAAGGCAGCUUAGAGGUGCACUUGGAAGUGCAUGCGGGUAGCACGGCCGAGGCUGACAGUGAACGGGGCAUGGCACAUCUUUGUGAGCACCUCGUCUUUAUGGGAAAUCGAAAGCGGGGAGAGGUCGUGGCGCUGCAAGGCGAGGCCAACGCCUUCACAGACUUCCACCAUACGGUGUACUUUGUGAGCUGGCGUGGUGGUGAGAGAAAUGGAACGGAAGGACGAAAUGCUCGAAAAGGACAGGAGCAACAACCUACAGGCCGUCAAGACUGGAGCCCGCGCAGGCUCAAGGCAGCCCUGGAAAUGAUGCGAGAAGUCUUCACGGCCCCCACCCAGUUCACCUCGGAGAGGCUUCUCAAGGAGAAGGCCGCAAUUCUCUCUGAGUCGUCUCUAGUGAACACAAUUUUCUACAGAAAGGAGCAGGCCCAGCUUUCCAAGGUGCACAGUGACACCAUCCUGCCCUCCCGUUUCCCCAUCGGGGACAUGGAACUGCUCCGCAGUUGGAGCGUUGAGGAGGUGCGCAAGUUCUUCGCUCGAUUCUACCGCCCAGAAAACGCCACGCUAUACAUCGUUGGGGAUGUGGCACCGCUUGCGGCCCUCAGAUAUGUAGACGACAUCAUCGGGCCUGUUCGGGGAGACAAAGCGGGGGAAGAGGAGUGGCGAGUAAUCCGUAGCCGGUGGCUGCAGAGGACAGUAAAGAAACACUCGGUUUUCUUUCCUCCCUUGACUCACGCCUGGACUAGGGAAAGCGAGACUGUCGAUGCCUCGGCGAAUCCCGAAUGGACUAACACCGGCGAAACACCGGCGCUGGGCGUAUUCUUCGAGGGGACGCACUCAACUGCUGCCUCUCUUGGGAGUUUGCUGAGGCCCCGCUUGCAUGUGUGGCAGCAUUCGCUACUCCAGCACUUCUCGUUACUCUUCCUCCGAAAGCUCCCUCUAGCCGCCUUGCGCACGACGGGCGACUUCUUUCGCCUCCUCGCCCGCAAACUUGCCCUGCAGGCCCUCGCCAUUAGAUUUACAGAGCGGUGCCGUCGAGAGGAUGAUACAUGGAUGCGGGUGGAGGUCGCAGAUACGGAGUCCGUCAAGGAAGGGUGCCGCAUUGUCAGCGUGGAGGCCGAGGCCGAACAGAGCCGGUGGCGAGACGCUGUGCGCGUCGCCGUUGAAGAGGUGCGCCAAAUGGCGGAGCACGGCUUAGGCGAAGCGGAGUUGGCAAGUUUGCUUGACUCAUAUAAGGUUAACCUCGAUCGCAUGCACAUGCAGUUGCUCUCGUCAGGAGACAUGAUACGGCUGCUCAUGGACAGCACCGCUUGCGGCCACCGCGUAGUGCACCUUGAGGAUGAACGGGGUCUUGCCUUGCAGCUGACCAGUGGAAAGUUUGGGUCCCCAAACAAGCUUGCGUCGCCUCAAGCAGAGGACGCAGCAGCAGGGGACCGCACAAUCGCUGCAGGCUCAGAAAAUCUGAAACGGCUGCUUGCUCUAGUAAAUGAAGAGGCGCGCACCAUGUUGAAGUGGAUGCUUACACCGAUAGAGAAAGACAGAGUGUACAGCGGACCCGACGCCAUUUGCGCGUUUCUUGUGCAAUCCGGGGGCCCCCAAAACACCGGGGACAACUGCUUGCCACAAAGAAGGCGCUUUCCGUCAACACAGCUGCAGGGCCACAUCGCAGUGGAGCAGACGGAGACAGGGACUGUCAAGGUAGAAGGUGCCAACCUCCCAGGAACCCCAGAUGGAGAGCGUGCCGACGGAGACAAUCAAACAAUGCUUGCGAUCCCGGAGGAAACCAUCCUUAGGGAAGUCUGCGACGCCAUGUCCCGUGCUGUCCCAUCAAGAAAAGGGGGAGUUGAAACCCCGAAGUACUUGUUAACGAAUGAAGAGUUGGAGGCGCUACGGCGCCAAGCGGCGGGAUUCUCACCAGUAACCCAGAGGCUGAGGGAAGCUGGGCCCAACGCGCAGAUGCUACAGUUUGCAAAUGGCGCAAAAGUUACUGUCAAGCCUUUGGCCGAGGAACGCGGGUCCGCGCUGAUUCGCGUUUUGAUACCUGGAGGCCGCUUGGCCUUCAUGUUGGAUUCGGCGAAGGGGGUUAUCGACAGCAGAGGGCUCGAUAACUUGAGGGAGCAAAGCGCAGCAAUAAUGUUGGGGGCAAUGACAAUGAUGGAAGGGGGCGCUGUGGGCCCUUUCACGCGGCAACAGAUCGAAGCUUUUUGUCAGGAGAGGCUUAUCGGAGUCAGCAUUGAGUGCAUGGACGAGUUUCUUGCCAUUGACAUCAGCGCGCCAGCCUUUGCGGCCCGCGACGCUGAUUCAGACAAAGCAGGCAACUACGUCAGAACCUCCACGCUGGAGAGUGCGAUGCAACUCCUUCACCUAAUUUUCACUGCCUUCCAUUUUGAAGAGUCGGCUUUUCGCCGUGCGAAACAACGCGCUCACAUGGACUACCACGCAUACACACGAGAUCUGGUGGGCUAUUCUCUGGGAGAGCUGAUUUUUAACAUGACGGGGGGCGACCCGCGUUUUGACUCGAUGAAGCCACCGGUGACUGCAGGCUUGGAGCUGCCAUUUGUGGAGCAGCAAAUGCACUCCCACAUCGAGCGGCAGCUGGCCCGUGGAGCGAUUGAAAUUUCGGUCGUAGGGGACGUUGAUUCGGCGCAUGUGGCGAGAUUGGCGGCGAGGUACAUAGGUACGAUUACGCAUGCAAAUACGAACGGGGAAGGGCCGCUGAAGGAAAUUUCCUCUGAAUCACCCGCCCAAUGGUCUUUACGGUCUCCCUACUACCGCCUCCAGGAGGGUUCAAUGGGCGCGGAGGCGCCGGAAUGGAGUACUUCGCGUGAUACGGAGGAGUCACUUUCUGCCAGCCAUUGGACAAAAGUAUGGGGGAGGCGGCUGCAUGCCUACGUGCGGGAUAGCGAGGCGCGAGCUGUGGUGCAUAUUGGAGGGUUUGCAUGUAACCGAUGGGGCAGGUACCCCAACGGCUUGUGGGUAUGGGACCAAAUGGAAGCUCUACAGCGCAGGGAUGAUUCUGAUGCCGAGCAGAUGGAGGGUAAAAUGUUCGAAGUCAAGCGGCACGGGACAGACGAGCACCGAAAACAUCCGGCCUUCCCGCGAGUGGCCCUGUGGAUUCUGCAGGAGCUUGUUACCAAGCGUCUUUUCUCUAUUUUGAGAGAAGAACAGCGGUUAACAUAUGAAGCGGCCUUUGAUGUGAUGUCCUUUGACAUUCUCUGGGGCGGUGUCUUCAUCAUUACAGUCCACACGCAGCCAGAGGAGGCGGAACGCGUGCUGGAGGCAACUCAUCUGGCGUUGCAGCAGCUCACAAGCGUUCGACCUCUGCUACAGUCGCAGCUCGACGGCGCAAAAGAACAGGUACUCAGCCGCCACCUACACGAUCGGAAGUACGCGCGCUACUGGCUCGACCUCCUAGGGGGCCUACAGUUAGCUGAUGUUCCUCGUAAAACCCCCGCAUACUUUUCGGAAUUUGAACGGGUUGUUAAAAGCGUAACUAUGCAAGAUGUUCAUUUGCUCCUGCGAACGCUUGGUAUCCGCCGAGGAAGCGUGUGGGAAGCCAUCGGAGUGUCUGGUCCCUCUCCCCCAUUGGCUCUUGCUCGCCCACCUGACAGAAUUGUAGAUGCCCCUAUCGCAUCCCCUUCGAGCACGCGACUGCGCGCGUCAGAGCCUCUGCGCAUUUUAAGCUAG